AUGGCGGCUCUUGGCUCAAGCUUACCGACCUCAAUCUUGGCGGAUAAGCUUACGGGCAAGCCCGCGGGAUCUGUCCAAGGCGACUAUCUGCUAGGAUGCAUAGUACCUCCUCUAAAACGGGCCAUCUCCUUCCCAGUUGAUUCCCUUCUGAGUACGGGUAGUGACAGUCAAAGCCCUGCCCACCCAGUCAAUUAUCUAUCUUGCUGGUGGCUUUUCAGGACAGACGACUCCGCCUCUUUUCUCGGACGGCCUGUCUUGGCAGGCCUGUCACUGGAUGCCCGAGCGUCGCUGGCUCGGCUCCAACACGAAGAGGCGCCUCAUGGCACUGCCAUCGCAACAUGGUCCGCUUUAGCACCUUGCCGGUCUAGCCUAGCACUUUACAAACAUCCUUAG